AUAGAUAAAUGUCACGAGAACUUAAUGGUGAAGACUUUGGUCAGAGAAGGCCCCCGCUACAUGAAAUGAUUAGAACUAUAUUGAGAGAAUAUCCCAGUGGUCAAAUCUUUAAGGAAAUUAUACAGAAUGCUGACGAUGCCCGUGCCACAGAGGUCAAGUUCUAUUUAGAUUGCCGUGUAUUACAAACACUCCCACCAUCACUAUUAUCAGUUGUGAGUUCAGAAGCGAAUCAGGAGGUGCUAUCACAACAGUUCACUGGACCUGCACUCCUUUCCUAUAACAAUGCUCCUUUCAGGAAAGAAGACUGGGAGAGCAUACAGAGUCUUCAGCAGAGCGGUAAAGCCAAGAAUCCACACAAAGUUGGAAAGUUUGGAAUUGGAUUCAAUUCUGUGUAUCACAUUACUGACCUCCCAGUUAUUCUCAGUCAAAAUUACUGUGGAUUCCUAGAGCCACAAGAAUUUGUAUGGAAAGAAAAAUCAGGUAAACGCUAUAAUUUGAAGGAACUUAUUGAUAAAUGUCCUGAAGUACUGGAACCCUUUGAUGAACCUUUCGUUUUUGUUUUACCUUCAAAUUUGAGAGCAUUUUCUUCACUUUUUUCAAAAUUUGGUGUUCCCCACAAUGUAACAACUGAGCAGAUUCUUUCUGUUCUUCAAUGUGUCAGGGACAGUUCUGAGCUCAAAGAAGAUGAAGCAUGGUCAAAAGUUAGAGCUGUAUUGGACUGGAUAGCAGAUAACACUAGUACAAUGAGUAAAGCUGAUAUUCUAGUACCAGUCGAAAGUGAUUUAUCAUAUCCUCAGUUAAUUCCUAUUGAUGAUGUAUCGUACACUGAUAAUGAAAUGUUACGUGGCAUUGCACGAACGUCAGAUGAAAAGUAUAAUCUUAUACAUCCUAAAGUGUCUUACCUGUCUUCUAAACUGGGCGUUUCCCCACUCAGUGAUCAGCUUAAUAUUACCGAAGAUGUCUUUGAAGAUGCUGGUCAACAUAAACCACUAACAACACGACUCAGCAAUAUAUUGAGAGAAUAUAAAGAUGGCUUAACUAUCAUAAAGGAGAUGAUACAAAAUGCUGAUGAUGCUGGAGCAACUGAAGUUAAUAUUUUACAUGAUACCCGCACACAUCCAAGCCACAAUCUAGUGUUAGAAGGAAUGGCGGAGAGCCAUGGGCCAGCAUUGAUAGUCCACAAUAACAGCACAUUCACAAAGGAAGACUUUGAAAACAUCACAAAACUUGCUGGUGCUACAAAAGCUAACCAACCACUAAAGAUUGGAAAAUUUGGAGUUGGAUUUUGUUCUGUGUACCACAUCACUGAUGUACCUUCUUUUGUUAGCGGAGAAUGGCUUUACAUAUUUGAUCCUACGUUGAAACAUUUAAAAGGUGUGGUGCAAAAUGAGAGCAGGCCUGGCAAAAAACUAAAGUUUCAAUCAACAUUUCUUGCCAAAUCACAGCAAUUAGCUCCAUACCAGGGCUUGUUUGAUUUUGAUUCUUCAUCAUCUUACAAUGGUACAAUAUUUAGGCUACCAUUUAGAACACAUUCUAGUCAGAUUUCUUCCACUAUUUACAAUAAUCAUCUCAUUCACAUGAUUAAAAAGGAUUUAGAGUCAAAUGGUUCUAAAUUAUUGCUUUUCUUACAGAAUGUUAAGCGCAUCACAUUUAGCUCACGACGAGAAGGUAAGCCAAUCAUUGAAGAGCUGUCUAUUGAGUGCAGUAAUUUUGACACUGAGAAUGUCAAAGUAUGUGUUACACAAUCAAAUGCUACAUCUACUGAGCAUUGGCUGCUAUCAAAUCAAGAGCAACGGUUGAAAUCACAAGAUGGUGCCUAUAAGCAAGCAGUUGCAUCUGUAGCUUGCAAGUUAGUUAAAAAACAAUUUUCGUUUUUGUGUGAAGCAAUAGAAGGGAAUGCAUUUUGCUUUCUACCAUUAUCAGUUCCUGCUACUGGCUUACCUGUGCAUGUUACUGCUAACUUUGCUGUAAUGAGUAACAGAAGUGGCAUAUGGACAGGAGCAUCAUCUGCAAUGGCAUCAGAUGAAAGGGAAUACUGGAAUCAGCAACUAAUGACAAUAGUCAUACCUGAAGCAUAUUGCAAAUUGUUAAAAAGUUUGCAAGCAAUGCACUGCUCAGGAAGGCUUUUAUCUUAUGAGUUUCACAUGCUAUGGCCACUGGCUUCCAACCUUCAGAUGAGGUUUCCAUGGGAAAGCUUAGUAUCUUCAUUGUAUCCUUUGAUAUCACAAGAAGAAUUAUUUUUUUCGUCUUCAAUUUGUCAAUGGUUACAAAUAGCCCAGUCCUUUUUUCUUCCUUCUACAUUAUUUAAAGUUACAUGUAGUAGUUCUACUGACAUCAUUGAAGCAGUAAAAAUAUUGAAGUUACCAGUAGUGUUCUUACCUCUUUCCCAUAGUAGCCAACUACAAAAAUUUGUUAUUGUUGAUAUUUUAACUGAAGACAAAUUUGCACAAUUAUUUCUGCAAAAUAUAGAUUCAUUUUCUAAUAACACUAAGACUAGAAAUGAAAUUCUUUCAAUGAUGCUAUCAGCUAUUGGUUCAGCAAUUACCUCUAAAGAACACAAAUUAUUAAAAAGUCUACUUCAAAAGUAUCCCUGCAUACCUACUUCUCCUAAAGGAUUUCAAUUAAAACGAGCAUCUGAACUUGUGGAUUCAUAUGAGUUCCGUGACAUGUUUGAUCCUGAAGAUGCCAUGUUUCCUGAAGAUACUCUUUAUCAAUCUGCUGCAGUAAAGGAAGGAAUUUCAAGACUUGGCCUGAUGUCACCUUAUAAUGUAUGCUGGGAUGUAAUUAUUAAAAGUGCUAAGACAGUUGAGUCAUUAUUUGUUAAGGAUAAAAUAAAAGCAUUAAUGAGAGUCAAAGAAAUUAUUGGCUGCAUCCAAGAAAAGGCAGAACAUGCACGUCGAGAGCAUGUGCAAAUUGAUCCAGCACCUCCUGAGCUAUGUCAAACUCACUUUCUACCUGUUCUUCAUAAACCUGACAAAUAUGUUUUACCAUGGAAAGGUGAUGGUCAUGUUUUAUUACCACCUUGUCAAGUAAUAUCAGUUGAUAGUCGCAGCUUGAAAAAAGCUGGUAUUUUAAUAGGCUCUCAAAAAGCAAUAGUUAAUACAAAGACUACUGAUUCAGGAGGGUGCGAUUCAAUUCCUCAUCAAGCAUUAAAGUUAAUGAAUAUUCCAUCACAAGCUUCAUUUGAUGAAGUACAUAAUCAAUUUGUCACAUUGAUUAAUACAUUUAACAUAUCAAUGUGUGAUGAUCAUGAAGCAAUACAAUUAAUUGAAGAAAUAUGUCAAAAUGUUUAUGAGCAUUUUGAAGCCUCAUUGAAAGAGUCACCCAAAAUCUCACGAAAACUAAGUAAACAUCAAAAUCAAGAUGAUAAUGAGCAUAAAAAAAAUUUAGCCCUAUAUUAUAACAAGCCAUUCAUAUGGACUGGGAGAGGCUUUGUUUGUCCUUGUGACGUAUCAAUUAAUUGGAAGCAACUGGUGGGCCCAUGUCUAUAUAAGCUUCCUGGCAUGUUAUCACAGCACAAAAACUUGGUAAAUUGUUUACAGGUAAAGGAGAGUUUUAGUGUUGAAAAACUACUGGGAACAUUCUCUCAAAUGUAUUCACGUUUUAGCCCUACACACAGACUUCCACAAGAAUACCAUGAAACUGCUAAAAACAUUAUCCAAGAUUUGAAUGCAAAAGAUUUUCAGGAACUAUCUCCCAUGAAGGAAGAGGCUAUUCUUCUUGAUGCCAAUUAUAUUCUUAGACCAACAAAUCAACUAGUUUUCAAUGAUGCUGCAUGGUUGCCUCCUGAUAAUGAUAGUAACUAUGUUAUAUCACUUCUCAUCAGAAAAGUAGCACUGGCUCUUGGAGUACAACCAACAAGCAGUAAAUUCCUUGACAAAUACACUUCAGCUAUGCAAAGUUUUAGUGGAGCACCAUUUGGUCAACGCGAAGAGCUCACCCAGAGAAUUAAAAAUAUUCUUCGAGAUUAUCCACUUGAUGUUACAUUCCUCAAAGAACUCCUACAGAAUGCUGAUGAUGCCAAGGCUAGUAAAAUGUAUGUAAUACUUGAUAAGAGAGAACACAGGAAAGAGAGAUUACCUUCAGAGAAUUGGGCAGAACUACAAGGACCUGCAUUACUUGUAUGGAAUGAUAAAGAGUUCACUGAAAAAGAUUUAAAUGAAAUUCAAAAGCUUGGUCUUGGUUCUAAGCGUGAUGAUGAAGAGUCAAUUGCACAAAGUAUUGAAGAUUUAAUACCUACUUUAGAGAAAUUACAAAUUGACACUCAUGGUAUUAAUGACAUGAUUCUUCCCAUUGAGAGUAAUGCUGUGACUCUUGGAGGAGAAAUACCAAAUGAACUCAUUGAUCUGCUGGAAAAUGACAUAAAUCAUAUUUUCCAUCCUGAGGAAUGGGUUGGAUAUGAGAAUGAAUAUGGCAGUUUCAUCUAUGUAAUUGUUCUGUAUGCAGUUGCACAAGAAUCAUUCAACCCCCUAGAAAGAAGAUAUGUGAUUGCAAUUGACAGUGAAGGCAAUACAAAGGAAGUAUCAACCCUUGACCUUUAUAAGCUAAUGAAAGUGAGUGAACACUCUUUAGAAGAAAAUGAGAGUCAAGAACUAGUGUUGCUGGAGUCUGAUAGUGCUUCUGCUCAA